CUUGAGUGGUGGUUAGAGGGCAUGUGACGUUUAGGCCAGUGACGUCACGAACUUGUUCAGGCGUUCGACACGACACUACUGACGUUCGACACUAAAAACAAAGAAACGAAAAUGGCUUCUUCGCCGAGUGUUUAUGAUCUUAUUUCCCAAGCCGUUGAUACAAACUCAGUUUCCGAAAUGAAUUCCGCCAUAUCCUCAUUCUCACGGUUUGAAAUUUUGGCCAGUUUAUCCCAGUGCAACCAUGAAGAUGAAACACCUCUAGUAGUCGCCAUGAAGAAAAAUCAUCUUGUGGUGUUCAGAGAGUUAGUGCAAAUUGUAAAAAAUGAAUUUCUUGUGAAUGUUGAGUCUGGGCCAACUUGUUCACUGAUCAUUGUUAAACUUUUUUCAAAUAAAAUUCCAAUUUUGGAAUUGAUUGAUAACAUGGUUGAUGUGGGUGAGUGGCAGUGCGAUGUGUUGGUGAGUGCAAUGUCUUGGUGGAACUUUAUUGCCAACUCUUGCAUCGAGUCCCACUCCAUCCCUCGACAAGCAAAGAUUACUGCAUUGGAACUUCUUGGUGCUGCUUUUUUCUUUGCAACGAUUUACAAUCCCGAUACAGAUUGUUUACUUCAACAAACAGUGUAUGGACUAAAGUGCUGGGAAGAAGCCACUAUUCUUCGUUUCUACCCAGGUGAACUCCCUUUACCCAAGAUACCUUUGGGGAUUUCUGACAAAAUUUUUGGAUCUGCAACUGAAUUCAUGUCAUUGGAAAAAAUUGAAGAAUGGGGACAAGAGUUGCGUCGUUUUGAAGCAUCAAAUCAAAAUUUUCCAUCUCUGCGUCAAACCCUCUGCAUUCAGGCUCUUCUUGUGCUCAAUAGAAUUUGUAGUCAAGCCAAUCCCAAACCAUCUAGUCCCUGCUGCCUCUAUCUGGAGAGUUUAUUUGCGUAUGGAACUUACUCGCUUUAUUGCUCUAGUCAAUACAGUCAUGUGCGUUUUGUGAUCUGUACUUACCUACUACUCCUGGAACAAAUGACUGGAUUCGACCCGAAAAUGACUAACCCCAGAGCCAUUCAACUUUUCAAUUAUGUCCUACCUAAAAUAUUAAACUGUUUCACCAAAUUGCUAAAUAGAUCGGACUACAGCCCAGAACAAGUUGAAUUUUCUCCGGCAGAUUGUCUGGCGGUAAUAAAAUUCUGCACCACGAUUGCAACAUUUUUCCCAAAACCGACUGUCUUUUCAAGUCCUCACACUCCUGAGCUCUUUCGAAGAGCUUGGCAUUUUAUUUCGAUAAUCCUGGUUGAAUAUUUUCCUCAUCAGUUGAACGAUCGAGACCAGAAAGAGUUGGAGAAAUACAUCUUGAAUGACAUCCGCUACAACGAAAAAGACACGUCUACUCUACUGCAUGCAUGCAUGCAUGCUCCAGUAUACCUACGUCGCUACUGCUCGUAUCCCCACUUACCUCUGAAAAGCAUCCAUCUGUUCCUUGAACUCGGCGUAGACCCGAACGCCACCGAUAAUUAUGGAAGAACUGCCCUUCACAUCUUGGCUCAACUCAGGAAAAGCUAUUCUGAUAGCGGAUUGCACCAACGAAUGUUUAAAACCCUGGUGCAAGCCGGAGGCCAUUUGGACAUGGCGACACCGGAAGGUGAAACAGUCAUCAGCAUGCUGAAGGAUACUACACGUGAAGAUGAUGGUAGACAUCCCUAUUUUGAUUCUGUAAUCAAUGGCGUCUUUCCGCUAUCCUGUAUCUGCGCUCGAGUUAUUCGGCAGAAUGGGAUUCCAUUCCACGACGAUCGAAUUCCACUUAAUCUCCAGACUUUCGUCUCUUGGCAUAGCAGCGUACGCGGACAAUCUGGAACCCAAGAUAAACAGUAAUUCCACCGAAUUCCACAUCUCAAGAAAAUGAAAAUCAUCUUGUGAUCGAUUGAUAGCUGUGAAUUCCGUUUUGAACUGUUGGCCAAUUUCUCAAUGGUCUCGUCUUGAACUUGUGUUCCAAAUUUCAUUUUUGUUUGUGUUGCUGUUGCAUUUCAAAACCUGGUUUCUUUGAUUAGUUGGACCUAGAAAUUCUUUCCGAGUGUGGUUGAGUUGUGUGCAAAAUUAUCAAUAGAAAAUGUGGUUGACAUUUGUCAGUCCAUGGAUUCAA